AUGGCUGAUUGGCUGGCUGUUGAAUCACCACCGCUAUCGCCGCCGAUGCUGAUAUUCAGUCAACAGAGCCUGAGUUUGUCGUAUAAUGCACCGCCUUACGAUACCGAGAAGGUGGAAUUUGAUAUGUUAGGUAAAUUCCAGCAAUUAAAACCUCUCAGAGCCACUCGUCCCCGACACUUUGUUCAGCCUCAGUCACGCCCACGGCUGUGCCACGCAGAAUGCCUGUUGCGAACCUGUUUGGAAACUCCGCUGCAGCCCCAGAGGAUCAACGGUGACGAAGUGUGCAAGAUUAAAGUACUUCAAAAGAUCGCUAUGAAUAGAGGUCCUCGAGAGAAGAACCCCUCUCGGGCAGUUUAG